GCGGAAGAGCAACGCGCGCUGCCUGGUUCGCGCGCCCGGUGAAGGCGGCGGUCGGGGACCUGCCGCGGGUCGGGAUGGAGCGGGAGGGCGGCGACGGCAGCCUUUUCUUCCGCGGUCUCCAGAGCCGCACCCACGAGAAGAUGAAGCUGCGGAAGAGAAAAUCGGCUUUGUACCUCAGUGCCCAGGAGGCGAGCGCCGGGCGCCGCCGGGAUCUUCUUGGUGAAAACAUUUAUCUGGUCAUGUUUACCAUAGCUUUAAGAAUAUUUAACUGCUUUUUAGUUCAGACAAGUUUUGUUCCAGAUGAAUACUGGCAGUCUCUUGAAGUUGCACAUCACAUGGUUUUCAAUUAUGGUUAUUUGACCUGGGAAUGGACAGAAAGAUUGAGGGGUUAUACUUACCCCUUAAUUUUUGCAAGCAUUUACAAGAUUUUGCAUCUUUUGGGAAAAGAUAGUGUUCAGUUGCUGAUCUGGGUUCCUAGACUCGCCCAAGCACUUCUGUCGGCUAUAGCAGAUGUGAAGCUUUACUCAUUAAUGAAGCAACUAGAAAAUCAGGAAACAGCAAGAUGGGUGUUUUUUUGCCAGUUGUGCUCUUGGUUCACAUGGUAUUGCUGUACCAGAACUCUUACAAACACCAUGGAAACGGUUCUCACUACCAUUGCUCUUUUCUACUAUCCUUUGGAAGGUUCAAAGUCUAUGAACAGUGUCAAGUACUCAUCCUUGGUGGCACUGGCCUUCCUAGUUCGUCCCACAGCUGUUAUUCCAUGGGUACCUUUGCUCUUCAGACACUUCUGGCUGGAACACAGAAAGCUUGAUCUUAUUCUAUAUCACUUUUUACCUGUAGGAUUCGUCACCUUGGGUUUGUCUCUGAUAAUUGAUCGUAUUUUUUUUGGUCAAUGGACUUUGGUUCAAUUUAAUUUUUUGAAAUUUAAUGUGCUUCAAAAUUUGGGAACAUUUUAUGGUUCUCAUCCAUGGCACUGGUACUUCAGUCAAGGACUUCCAGUUGUCUUGGGUACUCACUUACCCUUCUUUAUUCAUGGCUGCUUUCUCGCCCCAAAGAGGUACCGGAUACUUUUGGUGACUGUGCUCUGGACAGUCCUCGUUUAUAGCAUGGUGAGCCACAAAGAAUUCAGGUUUAUCUAUCCAGUUUUACCAUUUUGUAUGGUGUUCUGUGGACACUCGCUAAACCACCUGAAGGUUUGGAAGAAACCAGCUGUAAGUUUCCUGUUUCUGUCAAACGUGCUCCUCACCCUCUACACUGGGCUGGUUCAUCAACGAGGUGCCCUUGAUGUCAUGAGUCACAUUCAGGAACUCUGCCCCAGCAGCCACGGCACAUCUGCAGCCUCAGUGUUUGUAAUGAUGCCUUGCCACUCGACUCCUUCUUACAGCCAUGUUCACUGCCCACUUCCAAUGCGAUUUCUCCAGUGUCCCCCAGACCUGACUGGAAAAAGUCAUUAUCUUGAUGAAGCAGAUACAUUUUACCUAAAUCCCUUAAACUGGCUAUAUAAAGAGUUUCACAAUGAUUCAUCAUUGCCUACUCACUUGAUCAUCUUUAGCAUUUUGGAGGAGGAAAUAAGUGCUUUCCUAAUUUCAAGCAACUAUGAGAGAACUGACAUAAUCUUCCACACUCACUUGCCAGAAGGUCGAAUUGGAAGUCACAUACACAUCUAUGAGCGGAAGUUAAAAGGAAAACUCGACAGGUGAAAUUCUGAACCGUGCUUAGAUGUUUCCCAGAGAAACUGACACUGCUGGAUGGAAAUAUUCAGAUCCUACUUAGAUCCUCCAGUAAAAACUGGACAAGAUUCUUGGAAUUAGCAUAAAACCACUAUGGAUAGCUUUACCAAAUACCACUACCUAGGAAUGUACAAAAUGUCACAAAGUACAAAAUUACAGUGCCAGAUUUUAAAUAAAGAACUUUUGUUUUCCUUGUGGUGCAGUUUUAUUGUUUCUUCCACAAUAUUCAGAUGUACAAGAAAUUUCACAAGAGAAUAAGCCAGCAAGCUCAUAAGAAGGCAGCAAAUCUUCACAAGUCAGUGGGGCUCUUGAACCCACAAAAGACAAGAAGUAUAAGGUUAUAAAAUACGAAAGCUGAAAUCCCAUCACAGUGUACUCUUCGAGCUUUACUGCAAACUUAACACAAAUAUCAGGGUUAAUUACACUUUGUCAUAUAUGAUCUGAGCUUGCUUUAAGCUCACACUCUAAAAGGAAGUCUCACUUCAUGCACAAAAUCUGUCGCAUGCCUGGCUUCCUUUACAGUAAAACCAGAGCUGAACGUUCCCAGUGCCAAAACAAUUCCGCAAAGCUAAACUACAGGAAAGUGCAGGUUAGUAAGCUUUUGACUGAUGCUUCCGAGUAAUGGUAUAAAGUCAUCAAACCGAUACUUAGAAAUGAAAAUGACACCGUCAUCUUGAUAAUUCCACCUUAGUUUCAACACCAAACAUUCCAGAAAACACCCGUGUUUCUCUUACAGUUUUUAACUUAACCGUGACGGUCAAUAUUUAGGAUCAAAAGGUAACUGCCCCAAUUCUAUUUCCAGAUGUGCCACGUGUCUUCCAUUAGUGCGACCAUGUUUAUGCCAUUUACCUUCCCUUUUAUAAGGCUGUGGCUGAGGAUACUUCUGCUCUUGUUUUCGAUGCCUGGAGUUUUCAAUAUUUACCGUACGUUGCUUUUUAUCAGGUCGACUGAAAGCAGUAAACACAUUUUUCAUCUAUGUUAGAGUUAAAUUUAUUUAAAUUAGCAACAAGUUUAAUGUUUUUUCCCAUUAAUUUACUACCUGAACACUCUGAAGAAAAAAAAAAAGGUGUUAAUCUCAACUAUAACCCUAAUAUAU